AAACUCUCCUCGCUCUCAAUUGAACUUAAUCUUACAAUAAAUCAGUGGCUAGCCAAUUCCUUUGCAAAUGAAGCAAUUCGACAUGCAUCCUUACAUCCCAGCCUUUACAAUGUCGAUGCCUGACUCCUCAGGUGUCCUGCACUUCUGGUCUCUCUCCCCGCCCGCAUCCUCCUCUCUCUACGGAACCUCAAAAUUCCGCGUCGCGUUUUCAGGCAUUCGCAGCGCCUCCAGGUCGACAACCCCCAAAUUGCCGUCCCCAUCUUUGAUGCGUCAAUUCUUGCUGUUUAUUGAACUCUAGAAUAUUUUGCGACUACAUUGAUAUCUUGUUUCUACCCAUUCACGGGGUUCCGAUCACAAUGGACGACCCAGCGAGUCGUGUCCCCGCGCAGCUGCUGCCGCACAUGCAUCUUGUGUCGCGGCAUCGCUACCCGUUGAUGCAUAUGAUGCCCACCGAUACCGUGGUGGAAUACCUCCUCUCCGCGCCCAAGGUCGUCCGCGAAAUGCAGCCGAUGCACUGGACCUUUCUAGAUGGACCCCCGGAUGGCUCUGUCAUGCUCACUUGGCAGCCGCUGAAUCACCUGGGGACAAACUUCGCCAGUGACGGUUAUGUCUGGGCUGAUGUCGAACAGGCUUUUACUUUCGAAGCCCGCGGUCACACCGUUGAAAUGUGGCUUCACCGCAGUGGUUACCACCCACCAAACGAGCCCGCCGCUAUCCACUGCCGUAGACGUUAUCGUCUGCUGCCCCCGAAAGUUCCUUCCCCCAACAUUCCUCCUGCCGACCCGUCGCUGUGGAUCGUUCACUACUCGAGAGCUCCUUCCACCGACCAUGUCCCCGCAAACCGAAUCCCCGUCCUCCCUCAAGUUCAGAGCAUGCUGGCCCAACGACGAUUCCUGCAGGGUCAAGGUCAGCUUGCCCGCAAGGACUUUAUGUUGCACGAUCGGAACAGCUGGCCCGCCAUCAACUUCCCACCACAGAUGGCCCCACAGGGCUUUGCGCAGCCACAGGGACCUUAUCCCAAUGCAAUGGUUGGACGUCAACCAUACUAUGCCGCAGCGGGCCAGCCCAUGCCUGUCCCAGCCGGUGCCACCCCUGUAAAGGCGCCGCGCGGACACCGCGCUUCGUCUGCAGCCAUGAGCGCCGCAACAGCCGACUUUGCGCUCGAGGAUGAGGACGUUUCAGCCGGAGACAUGAUGGACCUUUUGACACCUAGAGAAGUCAGCAAGAUGAGAUAUCAACAGCACCACGAGUGGAUGGAGGAGAUUUUUGCUUCGCCUUACGCCAUCAGCCAGAUUGAACCAGUGUCGUUGGGAUUGGGACGCAAGGGUGAACUUGAACAGCUAACUGGUGGCUUCUUUGAUGCGCCUGUUGGCCCCUCAAGCGCUGAGGGCAAAGACAAGGAUGGCAAGGAUGACAAAGACGACUCUACACAAGCUACCAAGUUGGAACCCGCCAAGGCUGAGGAAUUUGCCGACCGGGUUGCUAAGAAGGUCGCAGAUAUGACCGCUGAGAUUGAAAAGUUGAAGAAGCGUCAUGCCCGGAGGAUGGAAAAGUUCAACCGCAGUUCCGUGCUCAAGGAUGCCGAGCUUAAACUCCGUGACUCCGUGACCGACCCCGCUGCUACUGGAACAGAGACUUGGAGACUGGAAGGCCGCAUCGAGAUUCCUACCGAGGAAGGCACCCCUGAGGUCGUUGAAGAAAAGCCGAAAUUCAAGGUGGAUGACGUCGUCAAGGAGGUGGAAGCAUCGUGGCAGAAGCAGGUUGUGCCGGAACCCAAGGUCUCGUGUGUGCAAAAGGGUGGUUUGUUGGAGAAGAUUGAACCGGAACCCAAGGCGCAGAACGGCAAUGUGGAGGGCGAUAUCGACAUGGAGAAUGCGGCCGAUGAUCUUCUGAAUCAAUUCACCUCUCCAUCACAAGCAGUCAACCAGGGAGCAUCAGCACCAGCAGCCGCUGCUCCUGGCCCACAUGGCGCCUCUCACAUCCCCGCGCAACCGCAGCCGGCAGGCCAGCAAGGUAUAGGUGGCUUGGAUGUUGAGAUGGACAUGGGAGGUGGCCAUCCAACAGCGGCGGGUGAAACUGGGGAUUGGGUCAUGGUCAAUGACGAAAAGAAGAACCAGGACAAGACUACGACUGGCGACAUUCCCGGCCAAGGGGCAGGGACACCAGGCAGCGGGAUGCAAGGUCUGACCCCCGGCAACACUGGAAGUGCCGGAGACACUGGUCUUGAUACCAGCAACUUCGACUUUACCAACAUGGACAGCGCUGGCGAUGCGCUUGCCGCAUAUACCGAACAGAACGAGGGACUGGAUCUUCCAGAUCUAGACAACUCGGCUUUUGGGGACGCCUUCCACGCGUCGGAUAAUGAAAACACCCACCAUCAUGACGCGGACGAUAUGUCCUAGGUGGGUUGACAGGUGUUGGAUUCGAUUCUGAUUGAGGGUAAAUGCAGGUUAUUAUACGGGGUGUUUCCGGUCUGUACCAUUUGAUGAGCGUUGUGUCUGUUUUCUUCACUCGGAGGGCUGGUGUACAAUUAAAAUGAAUUCAUCUUGGAAUUUGAUGAAUGGAUAAUUUUGAAUAAAGUCGAGCACAGCUCUGAAUUAGCCUUAAGUAUUGAUGUUGUGGGGGAGUCAGAAGAUCGUCAGCACAUGACGCUGUCACUUGUGCGAUAGCAACAUCC